AUGGAUGUGGAUGUUUUUGCUGUGGGGGGGGGAGGGCCGGGAGCUGGAACUGGAGAUGGGGCUGGAGCUGGAGCUGGGGCAGGGGCUGGAGCAGGGGCUGGUGUUGAAGUAGGAGUGGAUGUUGGGGGAGAUGUGGGGGUGAAUGCAGGGGUGGAUAUGAAUGUAGAUGCUGGAGCUGGGCCCGGGGUAGGUGUUGGGGCUGGGGUUAAACCAGGAGUUGGGCCUGGGGUUAAGCCUGAUCCCAAUGGGAAGCCAAAACCAAAGCCAAAGCCUAAAGGGGGGAAGAACUACCCGAUUUUGAUCGCAGUUAACAACAUGCCGGAAGGUCCAGCAUUUAAGCCCAGCACCAAACCUGUGUCUGUCUCUGAGGAUCCCAACAAAAUGCCGAAGGAUGGAGUGAUCGCGUCGUACCCUGCUGUGGACGGAGAUACAGGGGAGCCUGCUGAGGACGUCAGGUAUGCCAAAGCCUAUGACCCAGACAGCUGGGUGACCAUCGAUGACAAGACAGCUGAGAUAAGACUUAUCAAGACGCCAGAUCGAGAGUCUAAGUUCUUGGUGAAUGGGACAUACUUUGCCAAGAUACUCGUCAUUACCCAAGAUAUGCCCUCUAAGACAGCCACGGGCACCAUAGCCAUCCAGGUCCAAGACUCCAAUGACCACUGCCCCAUGCUGACUACUACCUAUGAGAGCGUGUGCUCGGGCAAACAUACGGUCAACGCCACCGCGUUCGACGAGGAUGUCUCGCCCAAUGGAGCUCCGUUCACCUUCACCGUGGUGGCUGAGGGGACACGUGGCAAAUGGGAAAUAGAACACAUCAAUGGCACGACGGCUGUCUUGCGAUCUACUGAGGCAUUAUGGCCGGGUGAGUAUGAGGUGAGCGUGGCGGUAGCAGACGAGCAGGGCCUGUCCUGCCCAGAGCCACAGGUGUUCAAGGUGGAGGUAUGUACCUGUUUGGAGGGGGAAGACUGUGGCUCCAGGACUAUCAGUUUACGCCAAAAGACCACCGACGCCAUAAUUGGUACCCCUGCCAUCGGACUGCUCAUCUUAGCCAGCUGUGUUCUGCUACUGGUACCUCUGAUGCUGCUGUUCUGUCAGUGUAGAGGAGCCUUCGCUGACCAGUUCACUGACCUGCCGUUCGAUGCCAAGGAAUACCUCAUAUCCUACCACACUGAGGGAAAGGGAGAGGAUAAGGAGGUGCCCCUACUCAGUAUUCCUACAACCGUAACUGAUGGAAGGGCUGCACUAGGAACAGGAUCAAUUCGGCCAGCAAACAUCGCCACAAAAUCCUCACGUAAUACUUCAAACAAUAUACGUCCGAGCAGUGGGGUCUCCAGUGAGGACAUGCAUACACUGCGUCGGGAGCAGAGCCACAUGGGUAUGGAGAUGGACUACACCUAUGGACUCCAGAAUGGUGGAGGCUUUGAGGCUAGUAUGGGGCUGGGAAGCAGCACCAUGCAUUCCAGAUACACCACACACACCUCACAUGUCAAACAAGACAUCUAUGAGGACAUGGCACUCCCAUGUACUUUCCUGGAUGGCUACUACUCACAGAAAGUGACAUGUGCAUCUCAGAACCCUCCACUGAAAGACAGUAAGUUGGUGUAUGACUACGAGGGCCAGGGCUCUCCUGUCGGCUCGGUGGGAUGCUGCAGCCUCCUGGAAUCUGACAACGACCUCCAGUUCCUCAAUGACCUGGGGCCAAAGUUCAAGACCCUGGCUGACAUCUGCUCUCCUCCAAAACCUCAACCCAAACCUCAACCCAAACCUAGAAUGGUGGAGCGCAUCUUCGAGCCAAAACACCCCGAAAUCAAAAGAGAGAGCAUCGUCACCGCCAGCAAUGUCAACAUCACCAAAUCUUCCAUUAGAAAUGUCAAUAUCAACCAAUCGUCCACCAGCACCAGCAGAGUCAAUAUCUCCCAAACACCUCCCACCAGUCCCCCUGCCACUGGGGUUAGUAACUUCUCUAACAGUCAGUGCGCCACUUUCCCACCGCCCCCUACGCAGACGAUUCUGCUGCAGCAACAGCCUAUGUACUACACCACCAUGCAGCCCGUGGUGCAGCCCCUGAUGCAACCCAUACAGUAUGUACUGGCUGAUGGCGGCUCUACCACCAACCUAAAGCGUAUGGUAGUGCUCAACGGGCCCCCUGUGUCUGGAAGCAUGGGAAGUCUGGGAGGCCUUGUCAUCCAAGGCAACAGGGUCAUAUCAGAGACCUCCACUAGCCCCAUCAGUCCCAGUACCCCAGGAAGCCCCACCAUGCUGGGGCUGGGUAGUCCCAGAAGCCCUGGGUGGAUCCAAGGCUCCCUACCCAGGGGUGGCCUGGGUGGUCUGUCUGUAGUGGGGCACAGCCCUGAUGGUAACUAUGUUUACAUGGAAAGGCAGGUUAAUGUAAGUGGAGAGCCACAGGUGGGGUAUGGGGUCCCAGGUGUACCUUCUCAGGGCAGUUUGCCCAGGGGUGCGUUCCUGUUGAAGGAGGCUGCUCCCCCUCAGGGGGUUUUAGGCCUGGCAGCCCAGGGUGUGGGUGGGGGUGGUGGAGGUGUGUAUGGCGUUAUGCCAGGACACACCUUUACAAGGGUGAGGCAGGUUGGGGGUGGGCCUAUUGGGGUUGGGCCGGCUGGAAUGGGGCCAGGGGGGAUAGGGCAGAUAGUUAUAGGAUCGCAGGGACUCCCAAUGUGGGUGCCACUGAGCCCCCCAGGGGGUAGCCGUGGACAGAUGGAGGGGGCAGCGCCAACAGGUGAUUCUCAACCAACUCCGGUUACUGUUGAAAUACCAGAGUCCAGAGUGGCAGAGAUUGAGAGGAAACUGGUGUUUGAGGGCCAUAGUGAACCAGACUUAGUGACUGUGGAGGGUGAGGUGGAGUCUGUUAAACUAGUAGCAGAAGAAGCUGUUUGUUCAGCCCUAAAGGCUACAGGUGAUGUAGAGGAAUCUGAAGAGGAUGACGAGGUGGGAGAGAGUCUGGUCACCUCUCGCCAAAUCGCUGAAGUCAAAACACUAAGAGAAGAAGUAGACGAUAGUGACAAUGUUGUAGGAGAGGAGAUGGAGUCUGCUGUUGAGACAGUUGAGGAAGUAGAGGCUAGUGCUGACCAACAGACAGAGUCCACAGUAGCUACAGAAGAGAUUGAGUCCCCUAGCGAAGAAUUGGCCGAGGACCUAGAGGUGACCUCUUCAACACCAGAGGCUACAGGUGAGGUUGCUGUUGAGGCAGGUGAGGCUAUAAAUGCAGUGGCAGGUGCAGCAGUGGAUGAUACAGUAGUGGAGGCUGCGGGUGAGACAUCAGGUGAGGCCGCAGGGGCAGCUGGUGGGUCAGAACAGGCCCCAAAGACAUUGGCUUCAUCUUUCCGUAGCAAAUUCAGGAUGGGCUCCAAGAAAGAAUCUACUCCCAAGAGUCCAAAGAGUCCCACAGCAAAGUGCAAACAACAGUGA